AUUAUGUUUAUUGUAUACCCAUAACCAUAAGUUUAUAUAAUCUAAUAAGCAGCCCCUGUAUAUUAAAGUUUACCAUUCAUUAGAGUAAUAAAUACUUUUUAAAUAAGCCAACUACAUCAGUAUAACCAUAAAUUAGAUCUUAAAUUCCAGCUCAAGUUGUUAGUCCAUAUAAAUCAAGAGUAUAAGAUGAUAUGAUUGAAACUAUUAACAGAAAAAUUGAAAUGAUUGAUAGCAGAAUAAGUUAAAUUUAAAAGUCAUUACCACCAAAAUCAAAUCAAAAUGCAAAUCAAAAUAAAAAAUAACAUACAAAUACUUCAUAAGAUGAAUUUAAUUGUUCAGUUACACCUAAACGUACUGGAAAUUUUAAAAGUUAUUUCUUAAAAAAAUAUGACAAUUCAUAAGAGAGAAUUCGAAUUAGUAAAAAUAUUUUAGAAGAACAUGAAAGAAAUACCAAAGCUACAAAAAACACUUUAUCAUCAAAUAAAAGAGAUUAAAGUUUUUAAUCUCAAACUAAUAAUAAAUAGACUACUUAUGAUAUUAAUAAAAAAACAACCAUUACUAAAAAAAUUAUGUAUAUGGGUGAAGAAGCCUUAUAUGAGGGAUAAACAGAUGAAAGAGGUAGGAAAUAAGGAAUAGGAACACUAUUUGAUAAAGAUGGGAAGAUUAUAUACACAGGUUAAUGGAAGGAUGAUGUGUUUUGGGGAAAAGGAAAAUUAAUGUUUAGAGAAUCCAAAACAUAGAAAUUAUAAUUAAGAAAUUUUAUGAACUUUUCUAAUGUUGCUAAUAAUAGGGAAACUUACAGUGGUAAUUUUGUUAAUGGAGAAAUUGAAGGAAUUGGUUAAAUGCAAUUUAUAGAUUGUUAUGAUUCAUAUUUUGUAUUUUAUGGUACUUUUAGAAAAGGAGUAUUUCAUGGAAAAGGAUGUGUAUUAUCAAAUUAAGGUCGUGAAAGUUUAGAAGGAGAAUGGGUAAACGGUAGACAUACUUGA